AUGCACAACAGGAAAACCCCAGACUAUAUAUAUAUAUAUGUGAGUGUUUGGUUGUCGGAGUCGGUCCUGACGUCAGGACAGUGGUUUAGAAAGCAGCUCUGCUCAGUGUGUGUGUGUGUGUGUGUGUGUGUGUGUGUGUCCUGCCCAGACACCAUGGUCGGUCACCAGUGGUUCCCCCGGGUCAAUGACUCAACACGAGGAGCCGUCACAGCGACGCCGGACAAGCAGGAGCAGGAGAUGUCUUCCGGUUUCCUCUGCAGCGGGAGCGAGGGGGCGUGGCACCGGCUCGGUCCGCUGCUCGGUCUGUCGGCGCUCGGUCUGCUGCUGCUCGUCACCUGUGCCGCUCUGUCCGUGCUGUAUACCAACGAGUCCAACAGAACGCCGGACUGGGAGAGUCUCCUCCACCACCAGAACAUGAGCGACCUGAAAGACGACAAGCGCGUGUUGGAGGAGCACGUGGCCCGACUGCACCAACAGAACCGACUGCUCAACUGGACCUCGGCGGAGCUCCAGUCCGCGGUCCGCGCCUUGACGUCGGAGUGCAGCGAGUUGACGGAGCGAGUCCAGAACCUGACGUCCGCCAACGCGCAGCGCUCGUCGGAGCAGGAGGCCCAGAGGCUGAACGCGUCGCUGGGCCUCCGGCGCCUGGUCGGCUCCAACGCCCGCCUGCAGGAGGAGAAGCGGCGACUGUCCGAGACCAACGGCCGCCUGGCGAACGAGCUGCUGCAGGCGACGGAGGAGAACCGGGAGCUGCUGGACGUCAACGCCAGGUGUCGGGGGGAAAUUGAAAAUCUGACCGAGAGGAUCGGAGCCCUCCGGCGGGACGACUACGAGCGGCUCCGGGAGACGGUGACGCGGCUUCAGGAGCGACAGCGCAACCUGAGCGCGACGCUGGAGGACGAGCGGCAGCAGGCGGCGGAGCGGGAGACGAGCCGGACGCGGGACCGGGAGCAGGCGGCGGCGAGCGUUCAGUCGGCGAGCGAGGCCUAUCGCGCCCUGGACCUCUACUGUCCUGUGGUCAAUCAGAAGAGCAGAGAGCGGAUUUGUAAAAAAUGCCACAACAGCUGGAAACAGUUUGAGUCAAAGUGCUACUACUUCUCCGCUCGCACGUUGACCUGGAGCUCCAGCAGAGCCUGGUGCCGGACACAAGGGGGCGACCUGCUCAUCGUCGACAGUGAACAAGAACAGAGGUUUAUUUUCGACAGCAGCUCGUCUGUGGAGUCGUCGGGCGCCCGGCUGUGGAUCGGUCUGACUGACGAAGAGCAGGAGGGCGACUGGCGCUGGGUGGACGGCGGCAGAGUCACUUCGGAUGUGCAGUGAGUCGCAGCACAGGGAAUCGACCUUUUUUAAUAAUGUCUGUCCAUCACCGUCAAGCUCAACACAAAACGUCUCCAUAUCUCAGUGUGUCUGAGAGGUUUUAAGAAUUUCAGAAAAUCUACUUUAAAGUGAUUAUUAUAAUUUGCUUUCGGCUAACUACACUGUCAAAACA